AUGUCAGAUUCUCAUAGUUCAGCUUGCUCUCCGUUCGAGAACCGGAGAAAGGACCCCAAAGUCAGUCGCGCCUGUGAUUCGUGCAAAGCAAAGAAGAUCCGCUGCUCGGGUACUCUACCGUGCAAUAUAUGCUCCAGAAGAAGGUUGAGUUGCAGCUAUGCCAGUCGAUACGCUCGCGGACGUCCACCUACUCCUCCACCACACACACAGAGCCAUCUAGGACGAAGUACAGAUAGUGGGCGAGAACUGACUCCCAAUAUCCAGACAAAUGCCGCAGAGUCACGCGCAACAUCUGAGCUGGUAAUCGAAGGCCAGUACUUUGACCUUACGUCGGGCCUCAGCUUUCUGCACCGAGCUACGAGUAAGCUCUCGGCGCAAAGGGGGCAAUAUGUUGCCCAUGGAUAUCUCGACGUUCAACGAAACCAGCUUCUUGCGUCAGCAGGAGACCAACCGUUCUAUCAGGGUGAUUCCAGUGCCGAGGCAGAUGUGCUGCCGGAUGACGCGACAACCCGGGAGAGGCUGUCCCUCUAUUUCGAUACGUGCGUGGUCACGUACCGCAUGCUUCAUCGCCAGACCGUAGAACGGUGGUUAGCCAGCAUGCUGCAAAACAGAGAGCAGGGCCGCUCUAUCGCCAACUCGCUGGGAAACGCCCGUACAGCGAGCAUCCUGGCCAUCCUGGCAAUUGCAGACCUUCGGUGCUUCAAGCUCAAGCGCAAGCACAGCAAUAGCGCCUUGAAUGACCCUCAGCUUGAGUCUUGCGGUCUUCGCGAAAGCGACCCUCUUUUCUACGCUUCAAUGAUGCGUACCGAGUCGGAAACAGGGUUUCCUACCCUGGAAUCCGUCCAGGCGCGGCUGCUUCAGGUUCUAUAUCUACUUCAGACGGGGCGCAUGAACAAAGCGUGGUAUACCUUCGGCAAUGCAUGUCAGAUCAUCUCAUCACUGGGUCUACAUCGGAAACAGUAUCGGCAGCAUAAUGCUCUUGGCCCACAGGCGGACUACAUCGAGCAGCAGUGUGCGAAGCGCGUCUUCUGGACUGCGUACACGAUUGACAAAUAUAUCAGCGUUGUUCUUGGGCGGCCAUGCCUCAUACAUAAUGAGGGAAUCGAUCAGGAAUUUCCAGAUCUGGUUAACGAUGAGAACACGGGGCCAGACGGACGCCUGACCUCUGAUGCGAGGGAGGAGUGUCAUGUCUCGUCUUUGAUACACCAUGCAAAAAUCGCACAGCUCAUCGGGCGAAUCUCGACCGACGUGUACUAUAAAAAUCAAACAGACCAUGCAGCUGCCGCCAAUGUCCUCGUGCGUGAGCUGCAAGAGUGGCGCGCGGAGCUCCCUCCCCAUCUAGGCACUGUCAAGCCAUCAACCCUUAUUCCAAGUUUCCGGCGCGAGGCCACGGCCUUGCGUCUGGCCUAUUGCCAUGCACUAAUUCACGUAACGCGCCCAUUUCUGCUGGGCGAUGGGAAGCACAGUUUUGACAACGAUCCGGCAUCCCGGACCAAAAUAUCCGAGUGCUUGUCUGCCGCAAGAAAUGCUCUCGAGUUGAUCGGUACGAUUGUUGAUGACCAUGAGCUGUCCCACUCUUUCUGGUGGACCCAGUACGUUCUGUUCUGCGCACUUGCAGUUGUGUAUGUAUGGGAGAUCCAACGGAAUACGCAUCAAAGUCUUGAGGACAGCGGCGGCCUGACCCAUGCAUCUCACGAGACCUUGUUUGAACUGGCUGAGAGAAGCAGGUCCUAUCUCCGGGGCGGCGCUGGUUCGCUGCACCUCUCCAACCCGAACUCCCGCUACGGCUUGAUUCUGGAGGAAGUACGACUGGAGGCUCAACGGCAGGUGUCACAGAUUCGAAGUCGAAGUACUCGUGCUACAUUGGGAACGGAAAAGGAGGCGGAAAAUAGGCCGCAUGAGGCAUGGAGCGACCAACCAAUGCCAAUUCCAGGUCCAAAUGAUGAACUGGACAUCACUACAAGCGCCAUUCUCAACUCUGGCUCCAGUAUGCUCGAAAGCUGGCAGACAACGGACUGGCUGGAUCUGGAUUCUUCGGUAUCUCUGGCCCUCAUGCCCGCAACUUAUAGCCAUUAUUUGCUGAUUUCUGGCAGGCUUUCUACCCGGUCAUGA